AUGCCUAGGAGAGCCGGGAGCGGGCAGCUGCCGCUACCCCGGGGCUGGGAGGAGGCCAGGGACUACGACGGCAAGGUCUUCUACAUUGACCACAACACCAGGAGGACCAGCUGGAUCGACCCCCGGGACAGGUUAACGAAGCCCUUGUCAUUUGCUGAUUGUGUUGGGGAUGAGCUGCCGUGGGGAUGGGAAGCAGGGUUUGACCCUCAGAUUGGUGUCUACUACAUCGAUCACAUCAACAAAACCACGCAGAUAGAAGAUCCAAGAAAACAAUGGCGAGGGGAACAGGAGAAAAUGCUCAAGGACUAUCUCUCAGUGGCUCAGGAUGCACUCAGGACACAGAAGGAGCUGUACCAUGUGAAGGAACAAAGACUGGCUUUGGCCCUAGAUGAAUAUGUACGAUUAAAUGAUGCCUAUAAGGAAAAGUCAAGUUCUCACACAAGCCUAUUCUCAGGAUCUUCAUCCAGUACUAAAUAUGAUCCUGAUAUUUUAAAAGCUGAGAUCUCCACUACACGAUUAAGGGUAAAAAAGCUGAAGAGAGAACUCUCACAAAUGAAGCAAGAACUGCUCUAUAAAGAACAAGGCUUUGAAACAUUGCAACAAAUCGAUAAAAAAAUGUCUGGAGGCCAAAGUGGGUAUGAACUUAGUGAAGCCAAAGCCAUUCUAACUGAACUGAAAUCUAUCAGAAAGGCAAUUAGCUCAGGAGAAAAAGAAAAACAAGAUCUGAUGCAGAGUCUUGCUAAGCUGCAGGAGCGGUUUCAUUUGGAUCAGAACAUUGGCAGAUCUGAGCCAGAUUUGAGAUCAAGUCCUAUGAAUUCUCAUUUAUCUCUCUCCAGACAGACCCUUGAUGCCGGGUCACAAACAAGCAUUUCUGGAGAUAUUGGAGUGAGAAGUAGAUCGAAUUUAGCUGAAAAGGUCAGGCUAAGCCUACAGUAUGAAGAAGCCAAAAGAAGUAUGGCCAACUUAAAAAUUGAACUGUCAAAGUUGGACAGUGAGGCUUGGCCAGGGACGCUAGAUAUUGAGAAGGAGAAGUUGAUGCUGAUUAAUGAAAAAGAAGAACUUUUGAAGGAACUGCAGUUCGUCACUCCGCAAAAACGCACACAAGAUGAAUUGGAACAUCUGGAAGCUGAAAGGCAGAGACUAGAGGAAGAGCUGCUGUCCGUGCGGGGUGCACCGAGCCGGGCUCUGGCUGAGAGAUUGAAAUUGGAAGAGAGAAGAAAAGAACUGCUACAGAAACUUGAAGAAACUACUAAAUUAACUACUUACUUGCAUUCACAACUUAAAAGCCUCUCUGCCAGCACGUUGUCCAUGUCAUCUGGGAGCAGCCUGGGUUCCUUGGCAUCCAGUCGGGGCUCGCUGAACACCUCCAGCAGAGGGUCUCUCAACUCCCUCAGUUCCAGUGAGCUCUACUUCAGCAGUCAGGGUGAUCAGAUAGAUGUGGAUUAUCAGUAUAAACUGGACUUCCUUCUCCAAGAGAAGAGUGGUUACAUUCCUUCCGGACCUAUCACUACCAUCCAUGAAAAUGAGGUGGCCAAGUCCCCCAGUCAGCCUGGCCCAAGUGGACUCUGUGGGGUGGCAGCUGCAGCAGCUGGCCACACUCCCACCCUGACUGAGGCCCCCAAGUCUGUGACAUCCCUAUCUUCAAGGUCCUCCCUUUCUUCCUUGUCGCCUCCUGGCUCUCCUUUGGUCUUGGAAGGCACGUUUCCCAUGUCUUCUCAUGACUCCUCUCUUCAUCAGUUCACUGCUGACUUUGAAGACUGUGAAUUGAGUAGCCAUUUUGAAGACAUUAGCCUUGGUGAAAAUCCCAUACUGCUCGAUUCAGAUUCAGUAGGAGCAUCCCAGUCUCUUUUAGAGGACAAAGACCUUAAUGACUGUGCUGGGGAGCCAUUAUAUGAAGGAACUACAGAUGUGGAAAAAUCAUUACCAAAAAGAAGAGUAAUUCACUUGCCUGGGGAGAAAACUGCUUGUGUGUCGGCUGCCGUGUCUGAUGAGUCUGUGGCUGGAGACAGUGGGGUCUACGAAGCCUCCAUGAAACAGCCUAGUGAAAUCGAAGAUGUUCCAUUCAGUGAAGAGGAUGUUGCCACUGUGGAGACAGCCCAGGUGCAGAUAGGACUCAGAUAUGAUGCAAAAAGUUCAAGUUUCAUGGUGAUUAUAGCACAACUACGAAAUCUUCAUGCCUUCUUGAUACCUCAUACUUCGAAGGUGUAUUUUAGGGUUGCUCUUCUUCCCUCCUCAACUGAUGUCAGCUGUCUAUUUCGAACAAAAGUCCAUCCACCCACAGAAUCUGUGCUGUUCAAUGAUGUGUUCAGAGUAGCCAUUUCCCAAACAGCUUUGCAGCAGAAGACGUUAAGAGUUGAUCUUUGCUCUGUCAGUAAACACCACAGGGAAGAAUGCUUGGCUGGAACUCAGAUCAGCCUGGCAGACUUACCAUUUUCUAAUGAGAUUUUCACUCUGUGGUAUAAUUUGCUUCCUUCCAAGCAAAUGCCUUGCAAAAAGAAUGAAGAAGAAAAUGAGGACUCUGUAUUUCAAUCAAACCAGCCAUUAGUAGAUUCAAUAGACUUGGAUGCAGUAUCAGCCUUACUUGCAAGAACCUCAGCUGAACUAUUGGCUGUGGAACAAGAAUUAGCACAAGAAGAAGAAGAAACAGGGCCAGAAGAACAGAGGGGUCCAGAAGGAGAUUGGUUAACAAUGCUAAGAGAGGCCUCUGAUGAAAUUGUGGCUGAAAAAGAAGCUGAGGUUAAAUUGGCAAAGCACAAUAGCUGUAUGAAAGACUUAAGUUCAUGCACUAAUGUGCCGAAGAUGGAUGAAGGCGAGUGGAGGAAAGAAAAUGAGGUUGCCAAAGACUGUAGACAUCAGCCACCCGCUGGAGUACCCACCCUGGUUGACAAAGAGACAAAUACUGAUGACGCAGUUAAUGAGAGUAUGGCAGUUCGCCCCAAAGACCGCAGCAGUCUGAGCUCUCAACAGCAUCCGUUUGUGAGGAGCAGCAUGAUAGUGCGCUCACAGACCUUUUCUCCAGGCGAGCGAAGCCAGUACAUUUGCAGGUUAAAUCGGAGUGACAGUGACAGUUCAACCUUGGCUAAAAAAUCACUGUUUGUGAGAAACUCCAGUGAACGGUGCAGUUUGCGGGUCAAAAGGACGGUUUGCCAGCCAGUCCUCAGAAGGACAGCCCAGGAAUGCCCAGUACGCACAUCUCUAGACCUAGAACUGGAUCUUCAGGCCUCUCUUACCCGCCAGAGUCGCCUCAAUGAUGAGCUACAGGCUCUGAGGGGCCUUCGGCAAAAGCUGGAAGAACUGAAAGCUCAGGGAGAGACUGAUCUUCCACCAGGUGUGCUGGAGGAUGAGCGAUUCCAGAAGCUCCUGAAACAAGCUGAGAAGCAGGCUGAACAGUCAAAAGAAGAACAGAAACAAGAUUUGAAUGCAGAAAAAUUGAUGAGGCAAGUCUCCAAGGACGUGUGUCGACUUCGGGAACAGAGCCGGAAGGUGCCUAGGCAGGUGCAGUCCUUCAGGGAGAAGAUUGCCUACUUCACCCGAGCGAAGAUAAGCAUCCCGUCCCUGCCAGCUGAUGAUGUGUGACUUCAUG